AUGGAGCAGCAUUGCAACGCACCGUCUCACAGUACCAUGUUCAGUUGCGACGUGUGCAAGAGGACGUUUGGGAGUAAGCAGGCCGUGGCACAGCAUAGGAAGUCGCAGCCUCAUGCGAAGAUGCUGGCUCGGGCGAAGUCUGAGGCUGGUGGCAGCAACACAGAGGACGAAGACUCAGAUGACAACUAUGACGAAGAUGCUUGGGCAGACCAUUCUCGAGCAGGUUGGGACGACGAUCAGGACUGGGGGCUUUGCGAUAAAGAUUGUGGAUGGUGCGGACAUUGUGCUGAUGGGGUUGACUACUGA